AUGGAGGAGGAGGCGGCGGCGGCGGCGGCAACCCCGGCCCGGUGAGGCGGCCUGGAGGCGGCGAUGCUGCUGAAGCUUUUGCAGAGACAGACGUACACCUGCCUGUCCCACAGGUAUGGGCUCUACCUCUGCUUCGGGGGCGUUGUCCUCAUGAUCGUCUCUGCCUUCCAGUUCGGAGAGGUUGUCUUGGAGUGGAGUCGGGACCAAUAUCAUGUUUUAUUUGAUUCAUACAGAGAUAACGUUGCUGGAAAGUCAUUCCAAAAUCGACUUUGUUUGCCCAUGCCAGUUGACGUGGUAUAUACUUGGGUGAAUGGCACAGAUAUUGAGCUGCUUAAAGAAUUACGCCAAGUCAGAGAACAGAUGGAGGAAGAACAGAAAGCAAUGAGAGAAAUCCUUGGAAAGAACACAACUGAACCAACUAAGAGAAGCGAGAAGCAAUUAGAAUGCUUGCUGACACACUGCAUUAAAGUGCCAAUGCUUAUCCUAGACCCUGCCCUUCCUGCCAAUAUCAGUCUGAAAGACCUGCCAUCUUUUCAUCCGCCUUUGCAUUCUGCUAGCAAUGUAUUCAAUGUUGCAAAACCGAAAAACCCUUCAACCAAUGUGUCAGUAGUUGUUUUUGACAACCCUAAGGACGUUGAAGAUGCCCAUGCUGGAAUGUACAAAGAAAGUAGCAAACAGGCAGUAUGGAGGGGCUAUUUGACAACAGAUAAAGAAGUUCCGGGGUUAGUGCUACUGCAAGACUUGGCCUUCCUAAGUGGAUUUCCAACAACAUUCAAGGAAACAAAUCAACUAAGAACCAAAUUACCAGAGAACCUGGCCUCUAAAAUAAAACUGUUGCAGCUAUAUUCAGAGGCCAGUGUAGCCCUCUUACAAUUGAAUAACCCCAAAGGUUUCCAAGAACUGAAUAAGCAAGCUAAGAAGAAUAUGACCAUAGAUGGAAAAGAACUGACACUUAACCCGGCUUACUUACUUUGGGAUCUUAGUUCCAUCAGUCAGUCUAAACAGGAUGAGGAUAUUUCUGCCAGCCGUUUUGAAGAUAAUGAAGAGCUGAGAUACUCAUUACGUUCAAUAGAGAAGCAUGCACCAUGGGUUCGAAAUAUCUUCAUAGUCACCAAUGGACAGAUUCCGUCCUGGCUGAAUCUUGAUAAUCCUAGGAUAACUAUAGUAACACAUCAGGAAGUAUUUCAGAAUUUGAGUCAUUUGCCUACUUUUAGUUCCCCUGCUAUUGAAAGUCAUAUUCAUCGUAUUGAAGGCUUGUCUCGGAAGUUUAUUUACCUAAAUGAUGAUGUAAUGUUUGGCAAGGAUGUUUGGCCAGAUGAUUUUUACAGUCACUCCAAAGGUCAGAAGGUUUAUUUAACUUGGCCUGUUCCAAACUGUGCUGAGGGAUGUCCUGGUUCCUGGAUUAAGGAUGGUUACUGUGAUAAAGCUUGUAAUAAUUCAGCUUGUGAUUGGGAUGGAGGCGACUGUAUUGGUAACAAUGGAGGUAGUCGCUAUGGUGCUGGAGGUGGUGGCACUGGUGGUGUGGGGAAUGGCCAGCCCUGGCAGUUUGGCGUAGGGAUAACCGGAGUCUCUUACUGUAACCAGGGAUGUGCCAAUUCCUGGCUUGCGGAUAAAUUCUGUGAUCAAGCAUGCAAUGUCCUCUCCUGUGGAUUCGAUGCUGGUGACUGUGGACAAGAUCAUUUUGAUGAACUGUACAAGAUGACUCUUCACCAGAAUCAGACUCACUACGUCAUUCCGAAGGGUGAAUACCUGCCCUAUUUCAGUUUUGCGGAAAUAGCCAAAAAAGGAAUUGAGGGGGCCUACGAUGACAAUCCAAUCAUUCGUCAUGCUUCUAUUGCCAAUAAGUGGAAGACCAUUCACUUGAUCAUGAACAGUGGAAUGAAUUCCACCCUAUUACAUUUCAAUAUCACAUUUCAAAGUAAAAAUGAUGAAGAGUUUAAAAUGCAUCUAACAGUGGAAGCUGAUACAAGAGAGGAACCAAAACCAAACACAACUACACAGAAGCCUGAUGCGGUUUUGGUGAAUCCGACAACAUCUUUACCAGAGGCUGAAAUCCUGUUUGAGGAUAUUCCUGAAGAAAAACGUUUUCCAAAGUAUAAGAAACGUGCAGUUGGCACCACAGGGAACUCUCAAGAAAAACUGAGAGUUCCCUUAGUAAAUAUUUCUGUCCUUCCAGAAGAAACUCAGUUGGCUUUAAGAAACCUAGAUUUUAAAUUAGAAAAUGGUGACAUCACUCUGAAAGGAUAUAAUGUCUCUAAGGCUGCUUUAUUGAGAUCGUUUUUAAAGACUGCACAAGAUACCAAAUUAAAGGUUAAUCAAGUUAUAGAAAGAGAGGAAAGAAAUAAUAGUUUGAAAGACCCGGUGGGAAAAAACAAAUUGUAUGAGCUUCACAAAAAUCUCACUGGGGAGAAAUUAGACAAAGGAAAAUUUCAGGGAAUGAAGUUUCUUUCCAAAUCUGUAGACUUAACAGGUACCAGUGUGAUGAUGAAAGUGAACAGCCAGCUCCAAGAUAGAAUUCCACACCAAGAAAAUAAAACCAAAACUCAUUCCGUGCCUACAACUCAAAGAGUUAGAGUCGGAACUGAAAGAAAGCUACUGAGUGUGCUUAUUCCUAUGGAACCCUACAUGGCCAAAGACAAUAAAAAUGUGGAAAAGUCACAGGACAAAAGAAGGGUAAAAGAAAACAAAUGGCACACCAGUGACAUGAGUGUCAAUAACAUAUUGCCUGGAAGAAAAUUGCAGUAUUAUAUGGAAAGCUAUCAGGGUUUCUUGCCUUGGGAAAAAAGAAAGUAUUUCCAAGACCUUCUAGAUGAAGAAAAGGCAUUAACUAAACAGAUGUCAUACCUUACUGACAGUAAAUAUAUUGGAAGGCAACUAAAAGAUACAUUUGCUGAUUCCCUCCGAUAUGUAAAUAAAAUUCUAAAUGGCAAGUUUGGAUUUACUUCACGGAAAGUCCCUGCACAUAUGCCUCACAUGAUUGACCGCACUGUUAUGCAAGAACUACAAGACAUGUUCCCUGAAGAAUUUGACAAGACAUCAGUUCACAAAGUGCGUCACUCAGAAGAUAUGCAGUUUGCCUUUUCUUAUUUCUAUUAUCUCAUGAGUGCAGUUCAGCCACUGAACAUUUCCCAAGUUUUCGAUGAAGUUGAUACAGAUCAAUCUGGCAUCCUAUCUGACCGAGAGAUUCGCACAUUGGCCACAAGAAUCCAUGACCUGCCUCUAAGUUUGCAGGAUUUGACAAGUCUGGAGCAGAUGCUGAUAAACUGCUCUAAAGUGCUUCCUGCCAACAUCACUCAGAUAAAGAACAUUCCGCCAACUCAGGAAGCGUAUUAUGAUCCCAAUCUACCACCAGUGACUAAAAGUCUAGUAACCAACUGUAAACCAGUUACUGAUCGAAUCCACAAAGCCUACAAAGACAAAAACAAAUAUAGGUUUGAAAUCAUGGGAGAAGAAGAAAUUGCUUUCAAAAUGAUUCGUACCAAUGUAUCUCAUGUGGUUGGGCAGUUAGACGACAUAAGAAAAAAUCCCAGGAAAUUUGUUUGCUUAAAUGACAAUAUUGAUCACAAUCAUAAAGAUGCUCAGACAGUGAAGGCAGUGCUGAGGGAUUUUUAUGAAUCCAUGUUUCCCAUCCCAUCCCAAUUUGAGCUGCCAAGAGAAUAUAGAAACCGUUUCCUUCAUAUGCACGAGCUUCAAGAAUGGAGGGCUUAUAGAGAUAAGUUGAAAUUUUGGACCCACUGUGUACUAGUGACACUGAUUAUGUUUACUGUCUUCUCAUUUUUUGCUGAGCAGUUAAUUGCACUUAAACGGAAGAUUUUUCCCAGGAGAAGAAUCCACAAGGAAGUUGGUCCUGAACGAAUCAGGGUGUAGAAGAGCUUCAUUUGGAAAUCAGUCUACCUCAGUAUUUAAUAAAGGAUUUUUAAACAUAACUGUUGUGAUGCUUGACAUAAAAAGAAAUGUCAAGUAGCUUUAUCACACUGUCUUCUAGCACUAUGAUUGUUCCUCAGACUAGUGAAGUUGUUUAACAUACUGAAAAGUGGAUGGUUUUGCAACUUUCAACGGUUUUUUACUUUUUAAGCAUUAACUCAUGUAUACGUUAUCCUUUUUAUAAAAAGGGUUACCCAGAGACAGCUGCUUUUACUGCAGUGAAGAAUGCCAACUAAAAUUAAUAGCAAACUUCUACCAAGAGGUAUCCCAGAUUUUGCAUUUGAAAAUGUUUCUGCUUUGCUGUGCUGUUUUCCACUUCCUAUUGUUUGAAAAAUAAACUACUAAAUUAAUGUAGAUAUUCUUGGAGAAUAGUUAAUUGGGGUAGGCCAACCAUAUUGCUGGUAUUUAAAUAUAGUAAUAAUACAACAUCAAAUUUACACUACCUAAAUGGUAUAUUUGGAUAGCUUGAAUUUAAUAACAUUUUGGAAGCCUUCUAAUGAAGAUUUUUGGCAUUAAAGUAUUUUAUUUAGACAACAAGUAAUAAUGUGGCCCCGAUUACAAAGACGGGGCUAGAGUUAAGUAGUGGUGACUCCAAAUGUAAAGUUGUUUUGAAAAUACUGUAAAUAUAUAAACGAAAGUGCCUCAUUGUAUAAUUUGGCAAUAUUAUUUUACUGACAUUGAAUUAUUGCAAUGGUGGUGUUCUUUUAGUAGAGUACUAUUUGUACAUCAGGUGUUAUCAUUUUUAAAUUUGGACUGUUGCUAGCAAAGUGCUCCAUUGACAGUUGAGAAGAUUUAGAGGUUUGGGGCAUAAGGACACCUGCGUAUUUUUUACAUUGCUAUUCUGGCAAGUAUUUUAGAUCAUGAUCUAAACAGUAUUCUUUUAAAAUAACAUCAAUAAUUAUUUUGUAUUGGGAAAUUGAAAUGUAUAUAAUAUGGCUGUGCUGUAAAAGUUGUUGAAAUUCAAAAACAAUUG